AUGGCAUCGAUCGAUAGGCUGAGCAGCUUGCCGGACGACGUCAAAUGCCACAUUCUCUCUUUUCUCCCGACAAAGCUCUCAGUGGCGACAAGUGUUCUCGAAAAAAGAUGGAGGUUUGUAUGGGCCCAUGUACCCUGUUUGGACUUCAGUGGAGGCGAUUUCAGGAAGAAAGGAACACAAACCUCGGAAGAUUUCUUGUUAGAAGAAACAUGGUUAGAAGAAACACAAGACUCAGACGAUUUAAGGGAAGAAGAAGGAACACAAGCCUCGGACAUCAUCCACAGUAUUAUAUUGAGGCACAAUACGAACAGAAUGGAUACCUUAAAACUAUGUUACAUCAAAUGCAAUGAGUAUCAACUGGAUAUAUGGAUUAGGACAGCCAUUGAGCGUAGUAUCCGGAAUCUUUAUCUUGAACUUGACUUCGAUACAUUAUCUCUAUACCUCUUCAACUGCAAAACCAUUGUCGAUUUGACACUUCGUAUCAGUAGAGUGUCAAUUUCUGCUGUGGACAAUGUUUCUUUGCCUAGCCUCAAGAAGUUUUAUGUUUAUAAUCUUAUUUGCGAGAAUGAUGAUGUCCUUCCUCGCUUUCUUUCCGGCUGUCCUUCGCUAGAGGAGUUGAUUUUGAAGUUCACCUUUGUGGAAGAUAAUUAUGUUGGCUGUAUAAAAGACGAUAAUAAAUGCCCCGGCCCUCAGGUAUCCCGAAGUGGAUGGCUAUAA